AAACGCAGGCACGUUGUUAUUCUAAUUCAUAUUACGUCUUAGCGCACGAACGAUUUGAUUUUGUUUAGAUUUUCGAAUUUAUUGUAAUUCAAUAGACGAAUUGAAAUGGGAAAGCCACAGCGAAGACGAAAAGUACAUUUCGGUGAUACACAUCUACAGCGCAGAUGGAGAACUCGAAGUCGUAAGCGAGAUUUGGAUCAGAUUGACGACGAUUUGAAAACAAAAUCAGCCGAUCUGUUGAAUCAAAAUGUUGAUUUGGAGAAGCCGGGUUUCGCUCAAUUUUAUUGUUUGCAUUGUGCAAAGUAUUUCAUCGACGACCAUUCGAUGCAGGCUCAUUUCAGAACAAAAGUGCACAAACGACGUAUGAAAGCAUUGGAAUUGGAACCAUACUCAAUCGAAGAAUCAGAACGUGCCGCUGGCCAUGGUAGUUUUAAAAAAGCUGAAAAACGUAUCAUCGAAACUCAACCGAGCAAAGAGGAAUUCGCAAAGGGAAAACGUGUUGUCGUGCAAAAAGUCAACGACAUUGAUACCGAAAUGAAAGAAGAUGAUGAAAACUUAGGUUAAUUCAAAAUAAAGAGAUAAUCAUUUACUUUGGUUACAUAUAACAUGA